AUAGGAUAACACUCUCCACGCUCAAAAAGAAAACCAUUUAACUCAGGAGAUAGUAAAUAUGGCUGUUCACAGAGUUAGCUUCCUUGCUCUCCUCCUCUUAUUUGGAAUGUCUAUGCUUGUAAGCAAUGUGGAACAUGCAGAUGCCAAGGCUUGUCCUCGGAAUUGUGACGGAAGAAUUGCCUAUGAAAUUUGCCCACGUUCAGAGGAAAAGAAGAAUGAUCGGAUAUGCACCAACUGUUGCGCAGGCACGAAGGGUUGUAAGUACUUUAGUGAUGAUGGAACUUUUAUUUGUGAAGGAGAGUCUGAUCCUAGAAAUCCAAAGGCUUGUCCUCGGAAUUGUGAUGGAAGAAUUGCCUAUGGGAUUUGCCCACGUUCAGAGGAAAAGAAGAAUGAUCGGAUAUGCACCAACUGUUGUGCAGGCACGAAGGGUUGUAAGUACUUUAGUGAUGAUGGAACUUUUAUUUGUGAAGGAGAGUCUGAUCCUAGAAAUCCAAAGGCUUGUCCUCGGAAUUGUGAUGGAAGAAUUGCCUAUGAGAUUUGCCCACGUUCAGAGGAAAAGAAGAAUGAUCGGAUAUGCACCAACUGUUGCACAGGCACGAAGGGUUGUAAGUACUUUAGUGAUGAUGGAACUUUUGUUUGUGAAGGAGAGUCUGAUCCUAGAAAUCCAAAGGCUUGUCCUCGGAAUUGUGAUGGAAGAAUUGCCUAUGAGAUUUGCCCACGUACAGAAGAAAAGAAGAAUGAUCGGAUAUGCACCAACUGUUGCGCAGGCACAAAGGGCUGUAAGUACUUUAGUGAUGAUGGAACUUUUGUCUGUGAAGGAGAGUCUGAUCCUAGAAAUCCAAAGGCUUGUCCACGGAAUUGUGAUGAAAGAAUUGCUUAUGGGAUUUGCCCACGUACAGAAGAAAAGAAGAAUAAUCAAAUAUGCACCAACUGUUGCGCAGGAACGAAGGGAUGUAACUACUUCAGUGCUAAUGGAACUUUUAUUUGUGAAGGAGAAUCUGAAUAUGUAAGCAAAGUGGAUGAAUAUGUUCAUGAAGUGGAGAAUGAUCUCCAGAAGUCUAGGGUUGCUGUUUCCUAAGUCCUAACUGAUAAUAUGUAAUCUAUGUAUGAAUAAAGGCAUGACAAUAUGCUUUGUCUUGCCUGUAAUCUGUAAUAUGGCAGUGGAGCUUUUCCACUGCGUGUUUAAUAAGAAAUGGAGCACUAGUUUGUUCUAGUUAGUGA